AUGUCUGCAUCUUCUGUGCAAACUCUGUCAUCCGGCAAGAAAUCCGACAGUGAACCACCAUCUUUGUCACUCAGUUUCAUUGAUGAUUUGAAUCCGUCUAAAGAUAUGUGGAAUCUCAAGUGUAUAAUCAUCCAGAAAUGGGUUCAGUCCUUUCGGAUGGAUCUGAUCUUGCUCGAUGAGAAGGGCCGUAAGAUUCAGGCAGGGAUUAAGGCUCCAUUAAUACCUGUGUUUAUCUCACAGCUUCAUGAGGAUGAAGUUGUUAUUCUCUCCAGAUUUGGUGUUGGAGAAAACACUGAUGUUUACAAAGUUAUUAACCAUGGUUACAAGAUUAACUUUUACCGAUGUACGGUUGUUACACGUGCGAAUGGUUGGCAAGGUGUUGAUUACGGAUUUAAUUUCAUCGCACAUUCACACAUUCUUAAUGGAGAUGGAAAGGAUCUGCUCACAUGCGGUAUGAGUGUUUCUGAUAAUCUGAUAUAUGUUUUGCCUCCCUUUUCAAUGUCACUAAUUUCUGUUGCUAUGUUUACCAUUUUUGAUGUUGCUGGAAUUGUUGUCUCGUGUGGAGAUAUGGAAAUCUUUCCUAAUGAAAGAAAAAAGAUGAAUUUGGAUCUUCAAGAUGUCCAGGGAGAGGUAGUCCGUUGUCAAUAUACUGUUCAGAGUGAUAAGUUUGGAAGUCGUCUAUUUCUCAACCAAGAAAUUGAUGAGAUUAAUGAACUUCGUAAGAGUCUUUUAGUGAAACAAUUUGAAGCUGGUGCUUCUUCUUCUCAAACCAUUCUUUCAUCUCAGAGUGUAUUUCCAGUCCAUCAAGAAUUUCUAAUUGAGACUCCUAAGAGACAUGUUGAUGAAAUUAUUGAGAUUGAUAGUGGAAUGUCAUGUGUGGUAGUUGCAACGAUCAAAAUUGUUCAACAAAACUAUGGAUGGUUUUAUCCGGCAUGUCGAGACUGUAACAAGAAGGUGUUGACCAAAAUUGAGUACUUACAAUAUGCUAAAACCAUUUCUGAUGAGGUCAUGAAUCUGUCACCUGCUUCAUUGGUUUGUCUGAAAUGCGAUAAAGAAUGCACAUCGAUAACCAUAAAGUUCAAAGUACAUCUGAGAGUGCAAGAUGAAACUGGCAGCGUUUCUUUUGUGAUGUUUGAUAAAGAUGUAAUGAAGCUUAUUGGUUCAACUGCGAAUGAUAUAAGGGAACGCCAAGUGAAGCUCGAUGAUACUGAAACUUUUCCCCAUGAAAUAUCAUGGUUGGUUGAAAAGAAGUUGGCGUUUAAAAUUGAAGUUUCUGAUUACAACCUUAACCAUGACUACCACGUCUACACUAUCCAAAAAGUAUGUGAUGAUCCGGACAUAAUUGCUGAAUUGGUUGGUGGUAAUGGAAAUGCUCUUGAGGUUGCUGAUGAGGUGUUUAGUCAAGAAGGUUCAGAAAUUAAAGUUGUUCAAUUAUCUGAAUCCUCACAGAUGGCCGGUGCUGAUAUUUCAAAGGAUGUUGUAUCUGUUAUGGCCGACUCUUCCGUUGUCGAAGCCGAGAAGGAUUCGGCCACCAGUCCUAAUAGUAAACGUUUGUUGCAGGAUGUGGAAGAUUUGGUUCUUAAAGAGGAAGAGAUUGAAAACAUUUGCUUGGCACAUAUCGAAAAACUGUUACUUGGUUAUGGAAGUACGUUAAGCAACUUUACUGACAUGCCAAAUGUUCCUGACAACUACACUUCAGGAUUGAACAAUCAAUUGAUAAUGAAGGAACUUUCGUAUGAUCGGGCUAUCUUAAAAAAGGAACUUGCAGCUUCCCUAAAAUCUUUAACUGAUGAACAGCUAAAAGUGUAUCAAACCGUCAUGAAUGCAGUUGUUAAAGGAAGUGGAGGAGUUUUCUUUCUAUAUGGUUAUGGUGGAACUAGUAAAACAUUUCUGUGGAAAACAUUUGCAGUUGCGUUACGUUCCAAUGGUGAAGUUGUGUUGAAUGUUGCAUCCAGUGGUAUUGCAUGA